CAGACAGGCUACUGUGUGUCACUAUCGGCACAACGAAGUCCAAUUAUUGGCACUACGACAACAACAGACGAUCUGGCUGACAACUUCGGCUGCACAAACCAUUUCAGUUUGUUUUCAUGAGUUUUUGUUUUUGUUAUCUGCCUUCAUGGGACAACUGUUAGGUUGCGUGACAAGGGAAACAUCAAACGAAAUCCUAGGAAGAGCGAACAAGAUGUCACAACCCAGCACAACUUCUGAAGCAGCCAACGCCACGGACCGUCAUGAGGAGGCCCUCCUGCUGCCGGACCUGCCCUACUUGCCGUUGCUCAGGGUGCUGUCCUUCCUGCCCUCCAGCGACCUGAUGGCCGUCGGCCGCACCUGCCUGCGGCUCGCCGCGCUCACGCGGGCACACCCGUGGCUAUGGCGCCACUUCAACUAUGUCUCCCUCAAGAGCAACGAAGAAGUCUGGGAGCUUUUGAGGGUGGCUCCUCCCGUAGAGUGGUUGGAGCUUCUUUGGGAUACCAUUUGCUUUGACCCACCCUCUUAUGUCGUACAGCCCUCCGUCCUCGUCGGCAACACCUACGCCCCCUGCCGAUCUUUGUGUAUAAGUAUGUGGAUGGGUAAUUUCAUUGAUACUAGCGCCCUCAGGGUGAUGGCUCCGAUGGUGAGGCGUCUCGAUUUCAGAGGCGUCGUGCCACUGGACUUGAUUUUAAACGCCCUGCGGGCCGUUUUCUGGAGCGCCCUGGAACAUCUAGAACUGCGACCUCUCAGUGGUCCACAACUAGGACCGUGGAUGCAGGAGGUGUUGCUGCCCAGGAUGCACACCGUGACCUUCGAAGCAACCGUCGAAUGUCUCGAAGUCUUCGGCUCGCUUCUACGAGCGCACAGAGGACAGCUGCGCUGCGUGCGGAUAUUUCGGGGAGAACUUCUACCGCUCGUCAACGACUGCCCCAGUGACCUCAACCGGCUGGAAGUAGCACUACAGGGUGGAGAGGAUACUGCGGGUCUGCGGGGGAUGCAUGGGCUGAAGGAGCUCAGUAUCACAUGCGAGCACGAGGAUAUAAGUCGGACAACUUUAAUGAAGAACAGCGAUGGACGAAUGCCGCACCACGGAGAGCGGGUAAAAAGUGGUUCUGCUCAUUGCUCAUUACGAUACAUAAAACUAAAAAUACAAAGCACCGAAAGUCAAAGUGAAUCUGACGUUCACAAAUCUCAGAAAAACAGUAUGCUUACACUAAAGGCACAAAUGGAUGCAAUUUAUGUAAUGACACAAAUUGUACAGGAAAAAAAAGGUCUUGAUCAAAUUAUUACAAAAACUGAGGAGAUAACUGAACCACAGAUCUAA